CUCUAUCCAUUGGAGGUUUGGAACGCAGAGCAAAGGAAAGCUGAAAGCCCCUCCUUUCCAUAAUCCCAGACAGGGUGAGGUCAACACUUGCAGAGAGGGAAAAUGGCUUAUCACUUAUGCUCUUCGCCCUCUUCUCUCUUCCACAACCCCCGAACUCCCUCCCGCUCUCUCCCUUUUCCUUCCCCGACUAAUUUUCGACUCAGAAGCUCUGCAAUUCACACCCACAGACUCAGUUUUCCUCCGCUACAAUUUCAGUCAACAACCUCUCUGCAAAUACACCGUGUUUCGUUGCAAGACCAGGUUGCAGAAGAAGCCCAGAGCCCCAAAGACUCAGAAAUUGAAAGUCUUCAGAGCCCAGAUGGAAAUUCCGGGUCUUUGUCGAAAAGCUACGUCUGGGUCAAUCCCAGGAGCCCCAGAGCUUCACAGCUGCGGCACAAGUCCUACGAUUCCAGGUACGCUUCUUUGGUGAAAGUAGCUGAGUAUUUGAACUCUUGCGCUCCGAUUGAAAGUGAUGUUUCUGAAGCUUUAAAGGGUUUAGGGGAUAAUAUUUUGGAACAAGACGCUGUGGUUGUUCUUAAUAACAUGAACAAUCCGGAAAAUGCUUUGCUUGCGCUUAACUACUUUCACAAGAGAUUGAAACCCAAGAGGGAGGUGAUUUUGUACAAUGUGACUUUGAAAGUGUGUAGGAAGGGUAAGGAUUUGGAUAGAGCAGAGAAGCUGUUCGAUCAACUACUCCAGAGAGGUGUUAAACCCGAUAAUGUUACCUUUUCGACUAUGAUUAGUUGUGCUAGGAUGUGUUCUUUGCCUGAUAAGGCUGUGGAGUGGUUUGAGAAGAUGCCCAGUUUUGGGUGUAAUCCGGAUGAUGUUACCUAUUCGGCUAUGAUUGACGCCUAUGGGCGUGCCGGUAAGGUUGAAAUGGCUUUCAGUUUGUAUGACCGAGCUAGGACUGAGAAGUGGCGCAUCGAUCCAGUGACGUUUUCUACAUUGAUCAAAAUUCACGGGCAAUCGGGGAAUUUUGAUGGGUGCUUGAAUGUUUAUGAGGAAAUGAAAGCUAUAGGGGCUAAGCCAAACUUGGUUAUUUAUAACACUUUGCUGGAUGCCAUGGGAAGAGCUAGGAGGCCUUGGCAGGCCAAG